AUGGACAUGUCUUCGACUAUGGCAGAAUCUGGCAACCCAGCCAACACAAUCUAUGUAGGCAAUUUGGACCAAAGAGUGACUGAAGCUAUGUUACACGAGAUCUCCAGCACGGUUGGUACAGUUGCUAGUGUCAAAAUCAUAUCCGUCAGAAAGCAUAGUAAUUUUGGUGCCGUUAAUUAUGGAUUUGUUGAAUUUGUUGACCCAAAAGAUGCUGAAGGUGCUAUUCAAGUCAUGAAUGGCAAAAGAGUCUUUGAACACGAAAUUAGAGCAAACUGGGCUCAACCCUCUUCUGCUGCUGCUGCUGCUUCUGUACAACAACAGACAGCUAAAGAAGAUACAUCCAACCACUUUCACAUCUUUGUUGGUGACCUUGCACCUGAAGUCACUGAUGAAAAGCUUGGAAAUGCAUUCUCUAACUAUAGCACCAUGUCUGAUGCACACGUUAUGUGGGACCCAGUGUCUGGAAAGUCAAGAGGUUUUGGCUUUGUAGCUUUUAGAGACAAGACAGAUGCAGAACAAGCUAUUGCCACCAUGAACGGUGAAUGGUUAGGAACACGUCCCAUUCGCUGUAAUUGGGCUACACAAAAAGGACAAAUGGCUAUGCCUGCACCUCAACCUGGACAACAAUUGCCUUAUGAAAUUGUUGUGCAGCAAACACCUGCUUAUGUCACAAGCAUCUAUGUUGGCAACAUACCAGUCAGUAUAACUCAACAUGAUUUGGUUCAACCUUUUCAAAGAUUUGGAUAUAUUCAAGAAGUUAAAUUUCAUGCUGAUCGUGGUUUUGCCUUUGUAAAGAUGGAUACACAUGAAAAUGCAGCAAAUGCUAUUGUUCAUUUACAGGGCAUGAAUAUCAAUGGUAACAUAGCUAAGCUUUCAUGGGGUAAAGAUCGUCCUCCUCCAGGAUGGCAAAACUAUAAUGGUUAUCCACAACAAUCAAACUACAAUCAAGGCCAAUAUGGCAGACGUCAACCUAAUAACAAUGUGUUUGGUGUUCAUCAGCAAUUAUCCAGUGGAUAUGCAUUUCAAAAUGGAAAUAGUAUGAAUGGACAAUGGUAG